ACGGGCGAGGUGUGGAGAAAGUGCAUAUAAGAGCAAGCUUCAACAACAAAUUCGUUAUAGUCGACUUGAGGUUGUCACGAUUGCCAAAUAUGUGGAGUUUAGCGGUCCUCGGGAUAUUGUUGGUGACGGCUGAUGGCUACUCGUAUCAACGCGCGAGCUAUGCACCGAGCGGCAAUCAAAUCAAUCGACCCCAAUAUAGCCAGGCGCCGCAGUAUCAUAACAGCUAUGCCCCGGGACACGCUUAUAUUGAAAAAAGUCAAUACCAGGUGCAGCAUGGAGGCCAGCCGGCCAGCCAGUACGCAGUGCAAACACUGAGCCCCGCAGCCUCCCCUGGACACACAUACAUUGAAAAAAGUCAGUACCAAAUAACACACGGCCCGCAGGCAAUCAGCAGUAAUCAAUUUAGCCAAAACGUUCAAAUAAACUCUCCCGCCCCGAGUUACAGCUAUAGCCAAUAUCCAGUGCAGCCAGCUAAUAAUGUGUACAAAGUGAACGCGGCGGCAAGUCCAGGCCAUGCAUACGUAGAAAAAAGUCAGUACCAGGUGUUACUUGGUGGCCAGCAAGCCGCCCCGGCUUAUACUCAACAAGCUUACGCCUACGGAGCUGUCAGUCAAGCUAGACCUGCGUACAGCACGGUCAGCCAAGCCGUUCCUGUAUACAAUACUGUCAGUCAAUCAAGUCCUGUGUACCAACCAGUCAGUCAAGCAAGACCUAUAUACAACACUGUCAGUCAAGUGAGUCCGGUCUAUCAACAAGUCAGUCAAGCAAGACCUGUAUACAACGCUGUUAGUCAUGCGAGUCCAGUCUACAAUACAAUAAGUCACUCAGCUCCACUAUACAACACUGCUAGUCAAACAAAUCUGGUCUACAGCCCCAGCAACUCUCCUAGCCCUGCAUAUAAUACUGCCAGUGCAUCGAGUUCUGUCUAUAAUGCAGCUACUCAAGUUAGCUCAGCGAAUACUGUGCAGCAACAAGUUCAAUACAGCCAGGUCGCACAGGCGCCUAGCCCUCAGGUGAACUACGUACAGGCUCAACCUGCCGCUCAAGCUCCACGUCACACUUACGUAGAAAAGAGCCACUACGAAGUGGCACUCGGAGGGCCAGUGACCCACCAUGUCGACGAGCACCACCAUGCGAGCGAGGGCCAUGCGCCAGGACACGCUUACGUCGAGAAGAGCCGGUAUCAGGUUGUGAUUGGUGGAGAAUCAGCCAACGCGCACGUACACUCACACACGCAAUCAGCUGGACACGAGUACAUUGAAAAGAGUCAAUACGAAGUCCAGCACGGCGCGCAGGCGUCCUCGGACAGCUAUCAGAACGUGCAACUACACAACAAUGUGCAAACUGGACAAAUUCAGUUAUCGCAAAGUUUGUUGCCCGCACAAGAUGGCACGAGUUUCCUCAAGCCUUACGAGCAGACUGAGUUGACGAAAUCUCACGAAAUUCACUCCUAUGACGCCCUCCCUAAAGUGCAACCGGUCGUAUCUAAGCACGUGUACUUCCAUGUACCACCAGCAGAUAUAGAGGAGCAGCCGAAAUCCCCUCAGUACCUGCCGCCUGCACCGCCCGCAAAGAAAGACUACAAGAUUAUUUUCAUUAAGGCCCCGUCCCAGGAGACCAAUAACAAUGCUGCCCUUAUUCAACAACAACUACAGAACCAACUGGCUGCUAAGACUGAAGAGAAGACAUUGAUCUACGUGCUCUCGAAGAAGCCCGAGCCCCAGCCACCGAUCAUCCAGCAGCUGCCCGCGCCUACGGAACCCUCCAAGCCAGAGGUCUACUACGUCAAGUACAAGAAGAACUCACAGCUACAGGAUAUCGUAUCCAAGAUCAGCGAUCAGAAAUGAACGAUACAUACUUAACGCUUUCACCAAACUAGACUAUAGGUGUGUAAAUAUAAAUUUAUUUUGGUAAGCUUUUAUGACUUCCAUUACGAGGCUCUAUUAUAAUAAUUUUAGUAAACGUUACAUUUUACUAUCCUGCAAUAUCGCGAACUGUGAAUAUUUUAUCUUAACUAUGCUGCUGUGCGAAUGUUUGUUGUUUUGUAAAUACCAUAAAAAGUGUUAUG